ACCACCUCAAAUUUCUCAGUAACCUGUCGUCUUCUCAGAGGAAGUUCAAGAGGAAAUGCUGAGUGUUUAAAAACAGGAACGCGUAGGGGCCAGGUUCAGUUCAGUAUGAUGAAGCCGCUGUGUGAUACGCAGCUCUGCCUCUUUCUGUUCUCUUUGUGUGCACAAGUGCAUUUAUGUUCAGAAGCCCAGUGUGAUGCCAAUCUCACCGUUUGGCAAUCACCAAGAAAUCUUGAUCGUACUGAGGGAGAAAAGGCAGAAAUCCACUGCUCCUGGGAGAAGAAUGGCAGAAAGGUUUCCUGGAAGAUAAAUGGGAAAAAAAUUGACUCAAAAAGGAAUAAUCAAAUAAUAAUCAAAACAAAUGGCAAUGCAUCAGUCCUCAUCAUUCUCAAUACAUCCAGAGAUGAUGCAGGAUUCUAUGUCUGCCAUGUGGUCAAAGAAAGACCUAAACUGUUGGAAUGCAACGGUAAUGGAACACAACUCACAGUGCAUGCAAAAACAAAUGAUACAUUCCCCCAAGGAGACAACACGACUGAAGUGCUACAAUUGGAAAAGCCUGGGCUUCCUUCAGCGGUUAUAGUCCCUUUGGCUGUUGUUGGCGGCCUGUUGAUGAUCUGUGUGCCUUUAAUUAUCUGUAGAAAAAGACAGAGAAGGAAUGGAAAUAACAUAAUCAGAGAGACAGUGGCGACUGAUGGUGAGGAGCUGGGGAACAUGGAUGAGCACGGAGAAGACUCCAGCUGCAAUUCCUCCAGGGGCUCGUCUCAGUGGUGUCAAGUUCCUGUGUACGAAGCAUACUUUGACCAUCGCAGGGAUUGUGCUGAUGGUGAGAAAGAUUCAAAACAAUAAGGAGAAACUACUGUCCAUUCAUGUUUUUGUGGCGUCGUUUUCAUUAGGAUUUAUCUUAAUAUCUGUUUGUGGUAGUCUAAGAUUUGCUUAGCUUUUGAUAAAUGAGAAAUGUAUUUUUUUGUGCUCAUCCCUGACAUCAUGGCAUAUUGAACAGACGUUUAAGACACACAAACUAACAAAGCCUCAUUGUCAACAUGUCACUGAAUGUAACUGUAAAUAUUAUUUCACGUCAUUUUCAUGUACAACUAUGCUAAAAGCACAAUUAAAACUUUUUUUCUUUA